CCCGCCCCGCCCUGGGCCCGGUCCCCGCGGGGCAGUCGAUGGACCGGCGGCGGCGGCGGCGGCAUGCGGCUCCUGUUCCUGGCGGUGCUGCGGCCGCACACCGGCAACGCGGUCACGGCGCAGCGGGUGCGAGACCACCUGGAGGCCGCCGGCCACGUGUGCCUCCUGAGGGACGCCGAGGACUUCCCGGGCCCCGCGGACGUCGCCGACCUCAUCCGGGCGGAGGCCGUGCAGGCGGCCCUGGCUCUGCACCUCUACCGGGCCGGCCGGCUCCUGCAGGGUCACGGCCUCCCGUUCGGGGUCGUCUUCGGCGGCACGGACCUGAAUGAAGACGUGCACCAGGGAGACAAGCGCCGCGUGAUGGGGGCGGUCCUGGAAGAGGCCAGGUUCGCCGUGGCGUUCACAGAGGCCAUGAGGGCGGCCGCGUGCCGGCAGUGGCCUCAUGCAGAGGGCAAGAUCUGUGUCCAGGGUCAAGGAAUCGCCACGGCCCCCAACGCCGCCUUCCGGUGGGGCACCUUCCUCCAGCGCGCAGGCAUCCCCCAAAGUGCGGACGCCUUACACGUGUUCCUGCUCAUCUGCGGGCUCCGGCCCGUCAAGGACCCGCUGUACCUGGUGGACGCCUUCGCGGAAUGGCACGAGGAGGAGCCCAGCGUGUACCUGGUGAUCGUGGGUCCUGAGGUGGAUCCGGAGUUCACGAGGGAGGUCAAGGCCAAAGUGGAGAGGUCGGCGGGGGUGCGGCUGCUCCCCGAGAUGCCCCAGGGAGACCUGCACGCGGCCGAGAAGAACUGCCUCGCCCUGGUCAACAGCUCGCUCUCCGAGGGCAUGUCGGCGGCCAUCCUGGAGGCCAUGGACCUGGAGGUGCCGGUGCUGGCCAGGAACAUCCCGGGGAAUGCCGCCGUGGUCCAGCACGGGGUCACGGGGCUGCUGUUCUCCGACCCUCAGGAGUUCGUGCAGCUGGCCAGGAGGCUGGUCCGCGACCCUGAGCUGGGGGCCGAGCUGGUGGCCCGGGGCAGGGAGUACGUGAGGACGCGCCACUCCUGGCGGGCGGAGCGGGACACCUACCAGCGCCUCGUCCGCACGCUCGAGGGGGACGCGGACCGGCCGGCCUGCUGACCGGCGCCCCCCCUUUUAACGCGUCUGACGGGCACCGGGGUCAAGGCCCCCCUGUCCCCGCCAGCUGAGUCUGCAAGGAGGAGACUCUUGGCCUCGCCCGGAUCGGCAGGAAGCUGGACGCUGUCCCUGGUCCUGACCUCCCAGAUGCGCGGCUCCGUGUUACCUCGCGUUCCCCCCCUCCCCCACCCCCCAUAUGUACAUCUUCAUAUCCAGGCGCACCCCGGCCUCCUGUACGGGGUGAGGGGCAUGUUUUUAAGAGAAUAAAGUGCGUCGUCAGCA